AUGGUUAUUACAAACAAAAUUAAGUACGACUCCCCACAUCUGACCAUGGGCGGGGUGGGCGUUGAACUGUCUCGCGAGAUCAAAAUCCUUGGCCUUACGGUGGACAGCAAACUCACAUUUAACACCCACGUGACAAACGUCUGCCGGAAGGCCUUAAACCUUUAUAAACAACUCUCCAGAGCCGCGAAAAUAAAUUGGGGGCUGCAUUCCGAGAUAAUCAGGACAAUAUACAACGCAGUGGUUGAGUCUACGAUAGGGUACGCAGCGAGUGCGUGGGCCACGACAACGAACAGGCUUGGAAUCAGGAAGCAGCUCGAUACGGUCCAAAGAGGUUUUGCACAAAAAAUUGUAAAGUCAUAUAGGACGGUGUCACUGCACUCGGCGUUGUUGCUCUCCGGUCUGCUUCCACUGGAUAUUAGGAUCCGGGAAGCAGCCUCUCUUUAUGAAGUGAAGAAAGGCCAUUCCCGGAGAGCAAUAGGUGAUCGGGAGCUAGAAAGACCAAUACCUUAUAUCGAGCAACCUCACCCCGCUGAACAAAUAGGUAUUGACUUCUUAUGCCUGGGGGACGGCGCAGCUCUGGAACAGCAUGACAACCAUGGUCGGAAAAUCUACACAGACGGAAGCAAAAUCGAGGGGAAAGUCGGUGCUGCAUUAUCCAUAUGGGAUGAUGCAGCAGAGAUAAGUACUAAGAAAUUGAAGUUGGACCGGAGCUGCACCGUCUACCAGGCCGAGCUGCUGGCUUUGACCGAGGCGACGAGUUACGCCUUAAAACACAAGGCGCCGCACUGCAACAUUUACAGUGACUCAAGAUCCGCGCUAGAGACCAUUGCUGAUGGAACUUCCCUCCACCCCCUCGCAGUUAAGAUCAGAGCCAACGUAACGGAAAUUAGGAAAAAUAAAAAUGUAGUUAAUCUCUUUUGGAUUAAAGCUCACGCGGGGUUGGAGGGGAAUGAGAGAGCCGACAAACUAGCUAAGGAUGCAGCUCUCAACAAAAAGACCAGGGCCGACUACGAUAGAUGUCCUGUCUCAUUCAUCAAGCGACAAAUCCGAUUGGACUCGCUUGACGAGUGGAACAGGCGCUACGUAGAGGGAACAACUGCAUCCACCACAAAAAUAUUCUUUCCGGAUGCCAUCUCAGCAUAUGGUCUACUUAGAAAGGUGGAGCUCGAUCCGCUGCUAGUCCAACUGAUGACGGGACACGGUGGGUUCUCCUCAUACUUAUAUCGGUUUAAGUGUAAGGAGAGCCCAUCGUGUGAAUGUAACGAGGAAGUAGAGGAAAGCGUGAUGCACGUAUCACGUGCUGCCCGAGAUAUGCGAGGAAUAGGUUCGACGCCGAAAUGA